AGUGGAGGGUUGACUGAGCUGGGGGAACUUUGCCUGGAUGGCACUUUCCUGUUCUACAGUCUGUCCCUGCUGGAGGGGCUCGGCUCUGAGAUCCAAGAUGGAGUUGUUGAGUCGAGCUGAGCAAGAGAUGAGUCUGGCGGCCUUGAAACAACACGACCCCUAUAUCACCAGCAUCGCAGACCUCACGGGCCAGGUCGCCCUGUACACUUUCUGCCCCAAAGCCAACCAGUGGGAGAAGACAGAUAUAGAAGGGACGUUAUUUGUAUACCGAAGGUCAGCUUCACCUUACCAUGGCUUUACCAUUGUCAACCGACUGAACAUGCAUAAUCUGGUUGAACCAGUGAAUAAAGAUUUGGAAUUUCAGCUCCAUGAACCAUUUCUUCUGUAUAGAAAUGCAAGUUUGUCAAUAUACAGUAUCUGGUUUUAUGACAAGAAUGACUGUCAUCGCAUAGCAAAACUCAUGGCUGAUGUGGUAGAAGAGGAGACACGGCGUUCCCAGCAGGCUGCUCGAGAUAAACAAAGUCCCAGCCAGGCCAAUGGCUGCAGUGACCAGAGGCCCAUAGAUAUCCUGGAGAUGCUGAGCAGAGCCAAGGACGAGUAUGAGAGGAAUCAGAUGGGCGGCUCAAAUAUCUCCAGUCCUGGGCUACAGCCAAGCACUCAGCUCUCCAAUCUGGGAAGCACUGAGACUCUAGAAGAGACACCCUCUGGGUCACAAGACAAGUCUGCUCCAUCUGGUCACAAACAUCUGACAGUAGAAGAGUUAUUUGGAACCUCCUUGCCAAAGGAACAACAACCAACGGCUAUGGGUCUAGAGUCAGAAGACACAGACAAGCUGCUAGGAGAUGCAUCACAGAAAGAGCCCAGCUCAUUCCUCUCAUUUCCCUUUGAGCAGUCAGGGGGUGCCCCUCAGUCUGAAAACCUGGGUGUCCAUUCUGCCACUCACCACACAGUCCAGCCUGAAGGCAGCGCCCCGGUGCUGAUUACUCCCGCCUCCAUUGCACAGUCGGGUGACAAGCGUCCCCCAAGCUACGCGCUCCCGCUGAGCCCCGUCCUCAGCCCCACUCUGCCGGCUGAAGCUCCUACCACACAGGUUCCCCACUUACCUCGGAAUAGCACCAUGAUGCAAGCAGUAAAGACCACACCUAGGCAGAAAUCUCCACUCCUGAACCAGCCAGUCCCUGAGCUAAGCCACAGCAGUCUGAUUGCUAGCCAGAGCCCCUUCAGAGCCCCGGUGAGUCUGGCAAAUCCAGCUGGCACAGCCCUCCCAAGCGUUGAUCUGCUCCAGAAACUCAGGUUGACCCCACAGCAUGACCAAAUACAGGCACAGCCGCUUGGAAAAGGUGUGAUGGCACCCAACUUUUCUUCGGCAGCUGGCCAACUGGCCACCCCUGAGAGCUUCAUAGAGCCUUCCUCUAAGACAGCAGCAGCAAGAGCCGCAGCCUCCUCCCUGAGCAACAUGGUGCUUGCUCCAACCCUCCAGAUUGCAGGCCCUCCAUUGGUUACUGCAACAACCACAGCCGUAUCCUCAGUCCUGCUGUCCCCCAGUGUGUUCCAGCAAACAGUUCCCAGGUCCACAGACCUAGAGAGGAAAGCCAGCUCCCCUUCUCCCCUCACUGUUGGAACACCAGAAAAUCAGAGAAAGCCUUCCAUUAUUCUCAGCAAGUCUCAGCUCCAGGACACACUGAUUCAUCUAAUAAAGAAUGACUCCGGCUUCCUCAGUAUGCUUCAUGAAGUUUAUCUGCAGGUUCUGACCAAGAACAAAGAUAACCACAACCUAUGACUGCAGUGAAGGCAGUGUGAAGGGAGAGGGUCCACCUCAAAACAAGCAGGCUUCCUUGCAGAACAUCUAAGUAGAACAUGGAGCAUUGAGGAGCCUAAGAGAGCCUUGACCUUAAGGCUGUUUUCUACAGACAUUCUCAGUGAUGAUGGAGGUUUCACUGUGAAACAUCACCAGCAAACCUUUGUUUGACAGAACAACAAGAGACCAUUGUGUUGAGUUACGUGGGUGUUUUCAUCAGCUAUAAGCCAGUGUGUGGAAUGAGUUGCCUGAUUGUCAGCUUGCUUUCCAGGCCUGGGGAGGAGCCAGCAGCCUUGCAGCAGAGCUCGGUGGAGUCCUCCCCUCCCUCCUAUACCCCUGAAGCUCCGAACUCAAUGUCAGCUCACAGAGUAGCUUCAGGUUUUAAGGGUCAGAAUUUAAGCUGACUCUUUGGAAGGUAUUUGUUCAAGUGAAGUAUAUUUUCUAUAAGCACCCCACUUGGGCCUUAAGACUUCUGGGAUGUCUUUGUGUUCCGGUAAGUGUCCCUGGUCCUGCCCUGUGCAAACUCCAGUGAAGCACUGCUCUUUGGUUAGGCCCACUGGGCCCUGGUGGAGGAGACUUCACACCUUUGAUGCAGAGGCCGGGCCACACAGAUCCAGAUUCUACCAGAAGGCUCCGUUUUAGUGAACUCUUGGCAGUUUAAGUGUCAAGUUUGUGUGUGAAGCGCAGCCUUAUUUUCCUUUUCUGUCUAAACACAGUUCAAGUUAUUGUUGAUUGUUUUCCUUAACACUUUGGCAAAAGGACCAGUGGACCAAUCUGACAAAGCCAUUCUGGUUCCAUUCCUCAGAUGUGCUGAGAGCAUUUAAAGCUAUGCAGAAAAGGGAGCUGUCCUCACACUGCCCUUCCUUUGUUGUAGAAUAUGGAGUCAAAAAGCAAGUGUGAGACACAGAACCUCACAGUAUAUUCCCAGGCUGCGGGCUCUCCCAGCCGCAGUGCAGAACUGUAAAGAUGCUUUGUGAUGCUGCUAUUGAUCUGCCAUGGUUUCUAUUUAUUCUUUUAUGGCAUGUAAUGGUGUUUGGUAAUAUUUUAAUGUAGAAUUUGAUUAUUUCAGCAAUAGUAAUUUUGAGAUAUUCUUUGAAUGAAAAGUGUCUUCGUUUCUAUGAUACAGGUCAUUUUCUAGUAUUUAACCAAUUAAGAUGCACUGCUUACUUUUCUGAGCACUAUUUAAUGAUGGGUAACAACCCAGUUGACUCAACCAGCUAGCGUAAGGAUUCGCUGUGACUAACACUGACAGACGCAGCGCUCCCACCGGGACAGUUGCUUAAGCUUUAAUGGGAACUCAAUCAAAGGCUCAUCGAUUUCUCUCUAGCUGAAGUUUUAGAAAAUUACUUAUUAAUUACUUAUUUUACUUUGGUCUUAGUUUUUAGCCUAAAGAACACUUUGAUUGGCUCAUACUGAUCUCAACAUGCUUCCUGGACAAUGUUUCUGCUUCUCAGUUGACUGUCUUCUCUUGUCUACCUGGUUAUGUGUGAAGUGUGCAGAAUUCAGGGAAGCUUAGACUUUUUCAUACUAAGUUAGGGAUAGUUUCAUGAUAGUGUGUAAAUAUAGCAACCAAAAAUUAAUUGUUCACAUGUCAUCUAAGCAAAGUCAAGUCGUAGUGAGGUGAUGAGUGUUGUUGACAGGAGGAGGUGGUGGUGGUCAGGGAGCCGCAGGGCUGCUGUCUAAAGUGAGCACGCUCUAGACCUGAUCAUCCCCAAGUGUGGGCUCAGUGCACAUCAGCAAACGGAUGAUUCAAAGCAUCUUCUUCCGACAGCUAUGUGAACUUCACUGAUGCUUUUGAGUGUGUGUAGUGUUAUGUGAGGGUGAAGAAUGGGUGCCCUUAAAGAGCGUCUGCAGUCAGACCUGAUACUUUGACCCUUUAAUCCUAGGAAUGACUAUGAUAAACAGAAUGAGAACCUCUGAGAAGGAAGGCUUCCUCAGUGUAGAUGUCAACUUCUGAGUGCUGAAGGGAUGGAGACUUGAGGCGGGUAAACCUGUUUCAGCUCUGAGAUUUACAUGCUCCAAGCAUUUUUCUUAAAAUUCAGAAGCCAGAAGUUCCAGAUCAUGACUUCUAGGAAGCUAGGCCAGAAUGAGUCCCCAGAGAGUCAGGCCAAGCCUGACUAUAGGUGCAGUUGGAUGAGGCUGGCCUGAGAGUCAGCUCUGUUGCCUUAUUCCUCAUUCAGGCAUAUUGUCCAGACCCUCUGCUAGCCAGCGUAGCUUGCAUGUUUACAGUGUCUUCUGGAACCUUAGUUAGACUGAAAGGGACAUUGGAGAUGCUUCUUGCUAAGUUGGCAGAGUCCAGAAGACCUCAUUAGGUCAUUUGGUCCAUCUGUGUACACAUCCCACCCCCUCACCCCGGUGGUCAAAGGGUCUGGGAAGAGCAGCCCAGAGUUUGGCAUGCAGCAUGUCUGGGGUGUCACCAGUGAGUGGCACUGCUCUUUUUGUUGUAGUUAAUGUUAUGUCUUUGAAUAGGUGAACACCCUAGCUGACCCCUCCAGUCCCUCUCAGACUGCCUUCUUCCCGGUUGUUACCUCUCCGGGGCCCCGCUUGAUCUACUUGACUUUGAGUGCUGAAUCUCAAGUAACCAUCAGUAUCAGGAAAGGCAUUCCCUGCAGGCUCCAUAUGGACUGUUCAUUCCAAACCCAAGUCCAGGCCUUAGCCCAGACUUGGUUUAGAUACCAAUGACCAGAUUUUGCAUGUGCAACCAUUGGUUAUACCUGUGGCCUGAAUCUUCUUAUGGGAAUUAAUUAUAAUGCCAUUGAAUCCACUAGUAAAUAAUCUUUUAAAACCAUGCAGCUUUAUUGCUCUCUUCCCCCCAAAGAAUGUCAUUUGAAAUUUCCUCAUUUCAGUAGUAGAGGCCGUAACUGCCAUUGAGAUACUGAUAAUGCACCAUGAAACUGAAGGUGCCUACCUGCUCACACAGCAGAGUUGGCCAUCUUACUGCAGCUCAGAGGGAAGAGAAGGGCACAGGCACAGGAGGACCUUGUGCGGCAGGCACGGAGGGAGGGCUCACUGCCCAAGUCCUGUGUCCUCGUGGCACACCUGCUGAGGACCAUGUGUUUCUUCUGCCUGCCUUUGUUUUUCCUCAGUUGUGUUCAGAGUGCGUACCUUCUGGAACCAGCAGUGCCCACCCUGUUCAAGAAUCCAAAACGCUCAGGUCUGAGCAGAGCACCUUACAGUGGGCUUUGAAGGUCGCUCACAGGGAGCAUUUCCAUGAGGACCAGGGCCUCCAGGAGCCUGUGGGGUUUAAGUUUGGAGUUGUUUUGGUUUUUUGUUUUGGUUUUUUUAUUUCAAGUUUCAGCAGGAGAGACGUGCAAUGUUUCACUCAGAUUCCAAUUUGCCAUCACUCUUUCAAACGCUGCAAUGCAAUACAGAUCACUUUGAAGUGGGAAAAAAUGCAAAGUUGUGUUUCCCUUUUAUCUGUGAAACCUUAAGACGUGUGUUGUUGGUGUACGUGCUGAGUGGUCUUAUUCUCUACUGCUUCGGCCAUGUGGCUCUCAUGACUUCAUUGCACCAGGCUCUCGGCCCUUCCGAGGAGACGAGAAGCCCUGCGCCACAGUGAAGCUUUCGUUCUGUGAGCGCAAUACCACCUCAUUAACCUUUUUAGUGGUGUGGAUUUUAUACCAUCUGUGUAUGUUUGCAAAUAUUAAGUUAUUACAUGUUUUAAAAUGAGCAUUUUUCAUCCUAAAUUUUAUAUGUUUGCAAAUAUAUUUUUUUAAUAAAAUUUCAAAACCAAGUUUUAGCACCUACUA